AUGAAUGAAGUAUGUGGAGUGUGUGGAGGAAAGAUAAUUGUGAAGUAUGAAAGUGAAUGUGGGCAUGUGUUUUGCUACUUGUGUAUCAAGAAAGAGCUGAAAAUACGAGGAGUAUGCCCUGUAUGUGGCAAAGGGCCUUAUGAAAUGAGUAACAUGAUGAUUGUUGAUGGGUUUAAGAGAUGUGUAAGACAUGAGCUUAAGAGAGAAGGAGGCGAUAAAUUUGUUCUGAAGGCUUGCAAGCUGAAGAAAUAUGCAAGAGAAGUGUGUGGAAAGAAGCUUGAUAUUGAAUGA